UGUCAUGUGUGCUAUCCAAUUCGGAGAUCCAUAGACAUAUGCUCGUUUUGACCCGACCCAGGCCCAAACACAUCUCCAUCCCCCAGAAAUCGGAAAUCAAGGAGUAGAUCUCUUCCAAUUCGCCUCCGCCGUCGCCGCUCAAAUCCGAUCAAGGCCGGGUCUGCCCAAUUCGAUCUCCCUCCGCCCGCAGGGCCCUACCGGGUCACCGCCGGUUCUGAGCUCAUCGCCCUUGCCUUCUCCGGUGUCGCCGCUGCCGUCAAAGUCCGUGCCGCCGCUUCUCAGGCCGGGGUUCGUUGGGAAAGAGGAGAAGCCGAGCGGGGUCGGAGCACGUGAAGAGCGGCUUUAAGUCUAAGCCGGAUUUCAGAGGGCACAGACCGUGUCAGGAAAUGCUGUAAUAUGGUAACAGUUGAAUACCACAGAAGAUUUAAAUGGUGGAGUUUUUGUAUAUAUGCACCACCUUAUUAUCACCAUUUGCAAAGAAGAUUUUCCUUGUGGUCAAUGAAGAAAGAUCCUGAUCUUGAAUCCGCCCUGUCUAGGAACCAUAGAUGGAUGGUGAAUAAUCAGAUCAAGAACAUAAUCCUCAGAUGCCCCGAUCAAGUUGCGUCUGUUGAUCACAUCCAGAAGAAGUUCAAGAGCCUCGACCUUCAGGGGAAGGCGCCUAACUGGCUUAAGAAGUAUCCUUGUUGCUUUGAAGUAUAUCGUGAGAACAACCAGUACUUUUGUCGAUUGACAAAACGCAUGAAGUUCCUAGUUGAGGAGGAAGAAUCUGUUAAGGAUUUGCAGGAGCAUGUUUUUGUUGAGCGGCUGGCAAAGUUGUUGAUGAUGAGCAGAAACCAAAGGCUAAAUGUUUCGAAGGUGAACGAGUUGAAAAGGAAUUUCGGAUUUCCUGAUGAUUAUUUGCUCAGGAUUGUCCCCAAGCACACUGACAUGUUUCGGGUUGUGAACUAUACUGGGAGGCGGAGUUCAAUGGAUAUCGAGCUUAUUUCCUGGAAUCCGGAUUUUGCAGUUUCUGCAGUUGAGAAAUCAGCUAAGAAGAAGGGUUCUGAACCGUCCUUUUCAUGUUCGUUGCCAGCGACAUGGGUGAAGUCAUGGGAGAGAUUUCACGAGUUCAACUCGACUCCCUAUAUUUCGCCUUAUGCAGACUCGAGCGUUAUGGUGGAGGGGACGGUUGAAAUGGAUAAACGAAAUGUGGCUUUGGUGCAUGAAUUGCUGUCUAUGACUUUGUGGAAGAAACUCUCGAUUUCCAAAUUAGGCCAUUUCAAGAGAGAAUUCGGCUUUCCUGAGAAACUGAAUGUUUUGUUGCUAAAGCAUCCCGGUAUAUUCUACGUCUCAAACAAAUACAAGAUUUAUACAGUUCUUCUCAGGGAAGCAUACAAUGGCUCGGAAUUGAUGGAGAAGGAUCCGCUCGUUGUGGUAAAGAAUAAGUUUGGGGAACUGAUGCAGGAGGGGCUGCAUGAGUACAACCGGAGGCACUACUUAAUGAACUUAGAAAAGAAAAAGAAAAAAGGUGUUACAGCAGUUAGGCCUAUCGGAAGGAGUACAGGCGAUGGCGACAAUGUUUCUCAACAAAACGAUCAAGAAGUUGAUCUGCGAUGGAACGAUUGUUCUCGGGUUUGGGCGUGAAGAUUGAUCUUGAAAGGAAAAGAUGUUACAUUGGUGAGAUUACCAACUUAUUCAUACCUUGAGAAGAACAGCAUCGGCGGCAGGGAUAGCCUCGAACAUGUCUCCCCCGACAUAGCUCAAUUUAUCGGUGCUCUCCAAACCGGCCACGACAUGUGGGAGGUCAAGAACCACGCAUUUUAUGUCGGGCAAUGCAUCGACAAUGGCCUUAGCCAUCGUCCCGGUACCUCCCCCGACGUCGGCCAACGUCUCGAUUCCCUCGAACACGUGCUUGUAGUCUCGAACAAGUACAUGGGCCACGAGCCUCGAGUCACUGCUCAUAGCUUCUUCGAACAAACCAUCAGAGCCGGACUCGUGUGCCAUGUGCUCCCAGAUAAUGGACCCAUGCGCCGCCUCGAACGGCGUGAGGUGGCGCUUGUUGGUGAGCCAUUCGCUCAUAUGGUGCCAUGGCUCUGUGAAACUGGGGUCCAAAAUGAGCAGCACGAAAGGCACCACUGUCAGAGACGCCUCCCUCAAAAGGAGGCGCGAGGCUGGUGUGAGCCAAUAGCGCGCCUCCUCUUGACUGGUGUCUUCAAUGAAGAACUUGGAUUGGACCAAGACCCGCAUCAAACGGUGGAUACAUUGGGAUUUGGUGUUGUCGGCAUGUAAUGAUUCGACUAAUUGGGAAAGCGUGAUUGGGUGGCCGUGUUUGUGGAUGGCGUCGGGUAUGCCUAAUUGAAUAGCGCAUUUUAGGGACAUGGAGUUUACGAAGGCGAAUGUGUGGUUCCAAACAUAAGCUUGAGCUUCAAUAAGUUCAUCUGUGGACACUUCUCCAAUCUGAAAUGCCAUUUCUUCACUAUACAA